ACGGAAUUUAUAUUUCUUUGUACUCCGUUGAUAGUUAAGUGCAAUGUGUUUUAAGCUUAUCUGAUUAGUUCUCAUAUAGAAUUUGUUUUGGUUGAAACAGAACCCCAAGACUCAAAACGGAAACAAUAAUACCCAGGCCACCUCGCGGUCACAGCACAAAUUCAACAACAUGGCGGCCUUCAGGAGGGAGUUUCUUGUCCUCUUGUGAACUCACUCGUGUACCAAUCGAUAACAGUUGCAAAAACUGUCGAUCUAGCGUCCAGGAUGAUGCAACAACUACGACCACAAUUGCUUUCCGGACUCAAGAGCCGCUCGGACGAGUCACGGCUACAGGCAGCGAAAGAUCUUCAACAUUACGUGUCCACCGAGCUGCGAGAAGCAUCUCCCGAGCAGUAUGGCUCGUUCAUGGAUGAGUUCAACCACCAUAUAUUUGAGAUGGUUUCUAGUUCGGACGCCAAUGAGAAGAAAGGUGGUAUAAUGGCUAUAGUUGGGUUGAUCGGUAUCUCUGGGGGAAGUGCAACCAAGGUGAGCCGGUUUGCAAACUAUUUGCGAAACCUGUUGCCGUCUAAUGACACUGCAGUGAUGGAAAUGGCGUCCAAGGCAAUGGGUCGUCUAGCCCUAACAGGGGGAACAUUCACUGCUGAUUAUGUAGAGUUUGAAGUCAAAAGGGCAUUGGAAUGGCUUGGAGGUGACAGAAAUGAAGGGAGACGUCAUGCAGCUGUUCUUGUAUUACGAGAGCUAGCAGUAAAUGCACCAACAUUCUUUUUCCAACAAGUGCAACCAUUUUUUGACAACAUUUUCAAUGCAGUUCGUGACCCCAAGCAAGCCAUUAGAGAGGGUGCUAUGGAGGCUCUUCGGGCCUGUCUGGUCAUUCUGGCUCAAAGAGAGACAAAGGAGAUAAGAAAGCCCCCUAUUUGGUAUAGUCAAACCUAUGAAGAAGCCAAGAAAGGUUUUGAGGGCUCCACAAACACCAAGGAGAAGGGUGUGGUCUUGACAAAGGAGGACAAAGCACAUGGCUCCUUGCUAAUAAUCAAUGAGCUGAUCAGAAGUGCUAGUCUUGAGGGAGAGCAAUAUAAAAAAGAUCUGGAAGACAUUUACUGUGAUCAAGUCCAAAGUAAUGUGAUGAGCCUGAAUGAUCUUGGAAUAACUUCACCGAAAAGCAAGUUCUCGUACCAGACAGGGUCCCACACCCACCCCACGCUCUCUUCACUGGCCAGCGGAACUCAACUAGGGGAGAUCAACCCAUUGUGCCAUAGCAAAGUUUGUAAGGAAUUCAUGGAAGAGAAGUUUGAUGAGGUGUGCAUUCUUGUGCUCUACUAUAGUGGGACAAGAAAUAGCACCAUUCAACAGACCCUUCUAACUCUCCUGCCAAGACUGGCUGCAUUCCAGCCACAGAAAUUUGUUAAAAAGUAUCUGAAAGAAUCUAUGCAGUAUCUUGUCGGGGCAUUGAAAAGAGACCGUGAGAGAUCUUCUGCUUUCAAAGCCAUAGGCUUGCUUGCUAUUGCUGUUCGCCACAACAUUGAACCCUUCAGCAAACCUGUUGUUGAGCAGGUUAAACAGUCUCUACCCAUGAGGGAUUUGGGCCACAAACGGCAGAAGGCAGUGACAGUGGACCCGAUGGUGUUCGCAUGCGUUGCUAUGCUGUCUCGAGCAAUCGGCCCUAAGAUAUCAAAAGAUGUGAAAGAGCUGUUAGAACCCAUGCUUUCUGUAGGGUUAAGUCCUGCGCUAACUGCCUGUUUGCAUGACCUCGCCCACCAAGUUCCACAGUUGAAGAAGAGCAUACAAGAUGGCCUCCUUAAGAUGUUGUCAUUGAUCUUGAUGCAGAAGCCUCUUCGGCAUCCUGGAGCUCCCAAAAGCACUCCAGCACUAACCCCAUCCACCUCCUCUCACUCCUUAUUCGACUCGUCAGACGUCACAAGCACAGUUCUUGCACUUAGAACUCUAGGGUCGUUUGACUUUGAGGGUCAUCUCCUGACCCAUGUGAAUCUAGUGCGCAACUGCGCCGAGACGUUUCUGGCCAGCGAGUUCAAGGACAUUCGGAUGGAAGCCGUCAGGACUUGUUCAAGGCUUCUCUCACCUUCCCUACAUCCGAUGGUGGUGACCAAUGCCCCUCAGCAUGGUCCGAUUAGCGCCACGUCCACACAGGUCGUGUCUGAAGUUCUCAGUAAGAUGCUUAUGGUUGGCAUAACAGAUCCAGACCCAGACAUCCGCCAUUGUGUCCUGUCAUCCCUGGACGAGCGGUUUGACGCCCAUCUCGCCCAAGCCGAGAACCUUGCUGCUCUUUUUGUAGCUUUGAAUGACGAGGAGUUUGAGAUCCGAGAGGUGGCCAUCAGUAUUAUCAGCAGGCUUAGCAACCUUAACCCAGCGUACAUUAUGCCUUCUCUCAGAAAGGCUCUCAUACAGAUUCUCACAGAGCUAGAGUAUAGCGGUGUCGGGCGAAGUAAGGAGCAGAGUGCCCGUAUGUUGGGCCAUCUUGUGUCUAACGCACCCAUGCUCAUCAGACCGUACAUGGAGCCCAUACUAAAGGCCUUGAUCCCGAAGCUGCGUGACCCGGACCCAGAGGUUGUCAUCAGUGUACUUGCGGCGAUUGGAGAACACGCGCAGGUAAGCGGUACGAAGAUGUGCAAGUGGAUGAACGAGCUCUUCCCAAUUAUCAUCGAUAUGCUUCAAGAUGCUUCUUCCAUGGCUAAGCGCAAGAUUGCUCUAUGGACUCUCGGGCAACUGGUGGAGAGCACGGGCUAUGUGGUCGAACCGUAUCGAAAGUAUCCAAACCUUUUGGAGGUGCUCCUCAACUUUUUAAAGACGGAACAAGCACCAGGCAUAAGACGCGAGGCUAUCCGCGUACUGGGUCUGCUAGGGGCACUAGAUCCAUACAAACACAAGCUGAACCAGAUUGAGGGAGUGUUGGAUGAUGGCGGCAUCUCUACAGGCAGUAAAGAGAGUGAAACAGAUACGAGCACUAGCGAGAUGCUGGUGACGAUGGGGAGUGUGGUGCUGGAGGAGUUCUACCCGGCUGUCGUUAUAUCAGCACUGAUGAGAAUCGUCCGGGAUCCAAGUCUGUCUAGCCACCACACUAUGGUCAUACAGGCUGUCACAUUUAUCUUCAAAAGUUUGGGUAUGAAAUGUGUGACCUAUUUAUCCCAGAUUAUGCCUUCCUUCCUGAAUGUUAUACGGACAUGCGACUCGGGAUUCCGCGAGUUUGUGUUCCAACAGCUCGGGGUCCUUAUCUCUAUCGUCAAGCAGCAUAUCAGAAAUUACCUAGACGAUAUCUUCACCUUGAUCAAGGAAUACUGGACCAUCAACAGUCCAAUGCAAACUACUAUCGUCCUGCUCGUUGAGCAAAUCGCAGUGGCACUCGGAGGGGAGUUCAAGAAUUACUUGCCGCAAAUCAUUCCUCACAUCCUGAAGGUGUUUAUGCAUGAUAACAGCCCGCAGAGAAGUGUCACUACAAAGCUUCUGAACGCUCUGCAGAUGUUCGGUUCAAGUUUGGAUGACUACCUUCACCUUCUUGUGCCACCAGUCGUCAAGCUCUUUGACUCCAACGAGAUCCCUCUUAGCGUCAGGAAAUGCGCGCUGGAAACACUGGACCGGUUGAGCGAGUCCCUGGAUUUGACGGACUUUGCAUCACGGAUCAUCCACCCUAUAGUGCGAACCCUGGACUCGUGUUCAGAGCUCCGAGGUACUGCCAUGGAUACCUUGUCAUCUCUUGUGUUCCAGCUUGGCAAGCGUUACUCAACGUUCAUCCCUACCGUUAACAAGGUUCUCAUCAAACACAAAAUUCAACAUCAGCGAUAUGACGUCCUGAUCUGUAAGAUUGUCAAGAGUAAUUUUGUGCUGGAUUGGGAAAAUGAUCUGUUGUUACGGCGUCAGAAGUUGGUGCGCGGCAACUUUGCUGAUGACUCGGCAACUACCGCCGCAAUAGAGGCUGCAAGUAUCAAGAAACUCGCCUUUAAGCCAGAUAGCCUGCAAAAGGCGUGGGGAGCCUCGCGCUGUGUGUCCAAAGAUGACUGGAUGGAGUGGCUGAGGCGACUUAGUGUUGAAUUGCUCAAGGAGUCGCCCUCGCCUGCGCUAAGAUCAAGCUGGGCUACUGCUCAGACCUACCCCCCUCUAGCAAGAGAUCUCUUCAACGCUGCGUUUGUGUCGUGUUGGUCCGAGCUUCACGAAGAGCUUCAGAAUGAGCUCGUGAAGAACCUGGAACUUGCGCUCAAGUCACAGAUACCCGAGAUCACCCAGACGCUACUGAACCUCGCUGAAUUCUUGGAACACACCGAGAAGGGUGCAUUACCGCUGAGCAGUGAUCUGCUGGGUGAGCAGGCGUCUAAGUGCCGUGCCUACGCCAAGGCGUUACACUACAAAGAAGAGGAAUUCCACAGGGUGCCCAACACGGAGACACUCGAGGCGCUCAUCAGUAUUAACAACAAGUUACAGCAGCCUGAAGCAGCACACGGAGUAUUGGUGUACGCACAGCGUAUGCACGGAGCAGAUGUGGAAAUCCGAGAACGCUGGUACGAGAAGCUGCACGAUUGGGAAAAUGCCUUAAAUGCGUACAAGAAAAAGCUGGAUCAGGACCCAGAGGACAUUCACCUCACCUUGGGCCGGAUGAGAUGUAUGGAGGCCCUAGGAGAAUGGGGAGAGCUGCACACGGUGGCGUGUGACAAGUGGCCGGACGUGAGUGAUGACAUCAGAAAGCAGAUGGCGCGUAUGGCUGCUGCGGCUGCGUGGGGACUAGGCAACUGGGAGAGCAUGGAGGAGUACACGUGUCUUAUUCCUCGCGACACGCAAGAAGGCGCUUUCUACCGCGCGGCCCUUGCCCUUCACCACGACAACUUCCAGCAAGCGCAAGCAUGUAUCGAUGCAGCGCGUGAUUUACUAGACACAGAACUGACGGCUCGCGCCGGGGAGAGCUACAACAGGGCGUAUGGGGCGAUGGUGUCCGUGCAGAUGUUGUCUGAGCUGGAGGAGAUCAUUCAGUACAAGCUUGUGCAUGAACGACGUGAAGAUAUCAAGAGGACUUGGUGGAACCGUCUGCAGGGUUGUCAGCGCGUGGUUGAGGACUGGCAGAAGAUUCUCCAAGUUCGCUCACUAGUCCUGACGCCUCAAGAAGACAUGCAAUCAUGGCUCAAGUAUUCUAGCUUGUGCAGGAAGAGCGGCCGCCUUGCACUUAGCCACAAAACCCUGGUGAUGCUACUGGGAAGUGACCCAUCCAAGCACCCCGACUUGCCCCUCCCUACGACGUACCCCCAGGUCACCUUCGCUUACAUGAAGCACUUGUGGAGAGAGGGGCAGAAGGAAGAGGCUUUUCAGCACUUGCAUUUCUUUGUGCACACAACCCUGCAUCAGCAAGCCCUGCAGUCGCUCUCCCCGAACGACGAUGACAAUAAACGAGAGGAACUGCUCAAACUGGUGGCAAGGUGUUACCUGAAACUGGGAGAUUGGCAAUCCUCGCUCCAGGGCUUCAAUGAAAACACCAUUCCUCAAAUUCUACUCUACUAUUCUGCAGCCACAGAGAACGACAAAAGCUGCUAUAAGGCGUGGCACUCGUGGGCAUUUAUGAAUUUUGAGGCGGUGCUGUACUACAAGAACCAACAGGAGAAAGAAAAGAGCGAAGGCCUGUCACCUGGCCACCCGUCUUCCCCCUCAGCCUCACCUAAGACGGUCAACCCAGUCAUAACGUAUGCUAAGCCCGCGGUGCAUGGCUUUUUCAAGUCAAUUGCCCUGUCCAGUGGUAAUUCGUUACAAGACACGCUCAGGUUGCUUACCCUGUGGUUCGACUAUGGCCAUCUGCCUGAGGUGUACGAAGCUUUAGUGGAAGGAAUAAAGACCAUCCAGAUAGACACAUGGCUACAAGUCAUCCCUCAAUUGAUAGCAAGGAUCGACACCCCGCGGCAACUUGUCGGUCGUCUUAUUCACCAGCUGCUGACUGACAUUGGCAAGCAUCACCCUCAGGCUUUGAUUUAUCCUCUGACGGUGGCGUCUAAGUCAGCAAGCAGUGCCCGUCAUAAUGCAGCAAAUCAGAUCUUGAAGAACAUGUGUGAGCACAGCCAACAACUUGUACAGCAGGCUGUGAUGGUGAGCGAGGAGCUGAUCCGAGUAGCCAUACUAUGGCACGAGCUGUGGCACGAGGGGCUGGAGGAGGCGUCACGCAUGUACUUCGGUGAAGGUAACGUCAAAGGCAUGUUCGCUGUACUCGACCCUCUGCAUCAGAUGAUGGAACGAGGCCCUCAGACUCUCAAGGAGACCUCCUUCAACCAGGCGUACGGGCGCGAUCUUAUGGAGGCGCAGGAAUGGUGCCGGAGAUAUCAGAAGUCUGGUAAUGUAAAGGACCUGACGCAGGCGUGGGAUCUGUACUACACCGUGUUCAGGCGCAUCUCCAAGCAGCUGCCACAGUUGACGUCGUUAGAGCUCCAGUACGUCUCCCCUAAGCUUCUGAUGUCACGUGACCUGGAGCUGGCUGUUCCCGGUACUUACGAGCCUCAUAAGCCUGUUAUUCACAUCCGAAACGUGCACUCGUCCCUCAACGUGAUCACCUCCAAGCAAAGACCCCGGAAGCUGUGUCUUGCAGGCAGCAAUGGCUCGGACUUCAUGUUCUUGUUGAAGGGUCACGAGGACCUGCGGCAAGAUGAACGCGUCAUGCAGCUGUUCGGACUUGUCAACACAUUGCUAGCAAGCGACCCCGAGACGUCCAAGAGACAUCUUAGCAUCCAGCGUUACGCUGUUAUCCCACUUUCCACCAACUCCGGAUUGAUCGGCUGGGUACCGCACUGCGACACGCUGCACGCCCUUAUCCGGGACUACAGAGAGAAGAAGAAGAUACUGCUAAAUAUCGAGCAUCGCAUCAUGCUUACGAUGGCGCCUGACUAUGAUCACUUGACGCUGAUGCAAAAGGUCGAGGUGUUUGAGCAUGCGCUGGCCAACACCAAUGGCGACGACUUGGCUAAACUUCUCUGGCUGAAGAGUCCCAGCUCUGAGGUGUGGUUCGACCGUCGCACUAACUACACGCGCUCCCUCGCUGUCAUGUCAAUGGUCGGAUAUGUGCUUGGUCUAGGAGACAGGCACCCGUCUAAUCUGAUGCUGGAUCGUCUGACUGGGCGAAUUUUACACAUCGAUUUCGGUGAUUGCUUCGAGGUGGCCAUGACGAGAGAGAAAUUCCCGGAGAAAAUACCGUUCAGAUUGACGCGGAUGUUGACAAAUGCUAUGGAGGUGACUGGUAUCGAUGGUAACUACCGUCUGACCUGCGAGAGCGUGAUGCGCACCAUGCGUGAACACAAGGAUAGCGUGAUGGCCGUACUGGAGGCCUUCGUCUACGAUCCGCUGCUGAACUGGCGCCUUAUGGAUAAUGCUGCUCCGAAGAUCAAGAGAUCAAAAGGUCGUUCAGACACUAUGACCGAGGCCGCAGAAGAAAUGUUGGAAGGUGUAGACGUUAAUCGAGACAAGCCAAGUGCCAAAAAGCCUGCCGAGCCUCUUCAUUCUAUCGAGGAGGAAACUGGCCACAAGCCAGAGUUUUUAAACAAGAAAGCGCUAGACAUCAUCACCCGCGUCCGUGACAAACUCACCGGGCGGGACUUUGCGAAUCGUAACACACUGGACGUCCCAACGCAAGUAGAUCUCCUAAUAAAACAAGCAACUGCGCAUGAGAAUUUAUGCCAGUGCUACAUCGGCUGGUGUCCGUUCUGGUAGACGCUGCUAGAACCAUCUAGUGUCUGUGAGUUCAUUACCGAUAUAUCCGUAGAGACCGUGUUCUUUAGAUGCUGGUUACAAGCAUGCAACAUCAGAACAAGGUGGUCUCGGGUCACAAUUACUCCAAGUGUACCAUCGAGGUCAAUAGGACAAAAGUGUACCAUCGAGGUCAAUAGGACAAGUGUACCAUCGAGGUCAAUAGGACAAGUGUACCAUCGAGGUCAAUAGGACAAGUGUACCACCGAGGUCAAUAGUAAAAGGCGAUGCAGUACUCCUACUUCUAUGCAGCUGAUGGCCAGUGAGCUCAAGCGCAUUGUAUGGCAAAGCUCAUGUCAGCUUGGGUUGAUGAUGCCUUUCUUUGUAAUAUGUCGAGCUCUCUAAAACAAUUGUUCAAAUAUCUGAGUCUAUUUUCAGGGUAGUUAUUCAAGGAAAUUUGGUAGAUAAUAAAACAAAAUUCAAAUAAUA